UUGUCGACCAAUCAGUUAGUUGUUGAUAGCUGCGUCUGUCGGAAGCAAAAUUGACGUUGAGACUACGAAUACUUUGUAAAUGUUGAAGUUUUUCUGAUAGCAAGUAGAAAAAAAAUUUUUGUCCCUGUUAGGAUCUUGUUUCCUGUAUUAAAGGGAAGUCUAUUGCCUUGAAAAGAAACUUAAGAAAUAGAAGAUAUAGACUGAUAUUUACAAAAGAUAUAAAGACCACAGGCUUCUAACCGAAGAUGGUGGCCAAAAAAGAUUUUGAUAUUGGAGAUUUAGUUUGGGCAAAGAUGAAGUGUUUUCCUUUUUGGCCAGCAAAAAUAGCAAAACCUCCUACAGAUGCAAAAUCUUCUACUCCUAAAAAGGCACAGCAUUAUGUAUUCUUUUUUGGAAGUGAAAAUUAUGCAUGGAUACAGGAUGAAAAUAUUGUAUAUCAUUCUGAAGAAAUGUUACAGUCAGCCAAUAAGAAAAAAUCAACCCUUUUAAAAUUGGCAAUAAAACAAAUCACUGAAGAAGCUCCCAAAAAGGCUAAAUCGCUAGUCAAAGAAAAGGAAUCUCUUAAAAAAUCUCCUGAAGCAUCAACAAGUGGUACUGAAAAGAAAGUUGCAAAAGUACAAAGAAUGAAAAUGAAAACUGAGAGCCCGAAAGUUCGAAAGAAGGUUGCCCCCAAAAGACGUGUUAUGGAUGAAUCUCCAAAUAGAAGAUCUCCUCCUCUGCAGUUUUCUGAAAGGCCUACUGAAGAUUACUCUCAAUCGAUUAACAAUGCACCUCCUAAUGUAAACCAUAACCGUAUAGCUAUUAUCAGACCAUUGGAUGAGCAGCAGCAUCGUCCUCGUCCUCCACCUUCUUCUACUACUACUCAUACUUCUUCUGCAAUUACCAGGCGUGAUUACUUUGAACUUCAGCCAGGUCCUACUCUUGAUUUAAGUGAACCCAGUGAAGCCAUAAAAGCAAAAAAUGUCAGACCUUCGGAUAAGAAGAUAGGAUUUAUUGGUCUUGGAAUGAUGGGUCAAAGGCUUGUUAAGAAUCUGCUCACUUCAAAUCACAAAGUCACAAUUUGGAAUCGAACCCCUGAGAAAUGUGUUGAGUUUGCUAAAGUUGGAGCUGUGAUUGCACAGACACCAGGUGAUGUGGUUGAAAAAUGUGACAUAAUUUUCUGUUGCGUGUCUGGUCCUGAGGCCUCAAAAAGUCUUGUUUUUGGAAAUUGUGGUAUUCUGUCAGGUCUUGAAAGGUCAUCGCCUGGAUCAAAAGGUUAUGUUGAAAUGACUACAAUGGAUCCAACUACAUCAAUAGAAAUUGCAGAAGCCAUCACCCAUAAAGGUGGAAGAUAUCUUGAAGCUCCAAUCAGUGGAUCAAGGAAAAUGGCAGAAGAUGGAACUCUGUUAAUUUUGGGUGCAGGUGAUCGGGAGCUUUUUACCUAUUGCGAGAGUUGCUUUUUUGCUUUAUCAAAAAAUGCAUAUUAUCUUAGCUGUGAUGUUGGCAGUGGUUCCAAGAUGAAUCUAAUUCUCAGCAUGUUAGUGGGCGUAUCACAUGCUGCCUUGGCAGAAGCCAUGGCUCUUGUUGAGCGUAGCGGUCUUUCUCAGACCAACUUCUUGGAAAUCCUAGAACUUUCACCGUUAAAUUCACCUCUUCUUACAGACAAAGGGCAAGCUAUGCUGUCACGUCUCUUUACAACCAAUUCUUCUCUUAAGUAUCAGCAAAAAGAUUUGAACUUGGCUCUUUCACUGGGUAAUAGCGUUUCGCAGCCAAUGUUAAUCACAGCUGCAGCAAAUGAGUUGUUCAAACAUGCUAAACUUCUCCGUUAUUCUGAUCAUGAUGUAUCUGCUGUUUACUUGGGAGCUAAGUAUUAGCAUUGGUUCAUUGUUUUGCUGUGCUAUAUUAUAUUCCUGAAGAGCAAAUAUGCUUUUUAUCCCAAUUCAUUGUAAAAUGUUACAAAAGAUUUCAUAAUCCAUUAAAGCCAUCAUUCAUACAAUUUUAAUUUCAAUUUAGUUUUUUUUUAUUGUUUAGUCUUAAACUUUUAUAUUUUCGUUUUAUUGCCAUUGCUCGUUUUAUAUUCUGAAACCAGAGCAGUUUAAUUAUUAAAUAUAUUGAAUAAUAAUAAUUCAGCUUCUUAUUUCUUAAAAUUUAAUGUUUAUUGAAUUUUGAUUGAGAAUUUAAAUUCACGGUUUUCAAAAUUAGUCCAUACGUUUUUCUGGACUUAGAAAAAGGCAUUUAAUUCUCAAGUAAUAAAUUAUCCUGUUGUAUAUAAAUCCGCCCCCUUUUUUCCCACUGAUGCAGGUAAAGAAAGAAUAAAAUUGUAGCACAAAAUUUGCUUAUAUUAUUCAUAUACUUGCUAUUAAUGAAUUAUGGAAGUUUUUGUAUAUUUUCCUUAUGAAAUGCAAGAAUUUUGGCACUGCAUGCAGUUUGGAAGCUAUACAGUUGCAAAACCAAUAUGUGAAGAAUUAAAAGAUUUUCUAGACUUUCAAAAUUGAAAUUGAUAAUGUAUUCAUUUGGAUUUCCCGUGAAUCUAAUGGCUAUUUAAUAUCUACAGUUGCCAUAAUUGAUCUUUAUGUUUCAUAAUUUGAAAAGAUUAAAUAUAUUUGCAAUCUUCUUGCAAUAUAGUUUCUGAUCACAAUAUAUUUAUUAUCUCAAAUUGUAUAUUGAAAGCUUGGUAAAUUGGCUCAUAUAAGAUCUUUGAUUGGCCUUUUUGUUACAUAUUAAUGUGAUUCAUCUUGUUUUGGAUUCUGUCAUCAACACUUGAGCCAUGAUGAUUGAGCUGGCAUUCUUUUUACAGACAAUUCAUGAUAUAUCUAAAGAAGUGAGUUUUUGAUUUAAGAGAAACUGAAAACAUAGGAUCAAUGACAUGUAAUGACAUUUCUUUUCUGAAAAUCUCUUAAGUCAUAAACAACAAUAAAUAGCCAUUCAUCGAUGUAUACGAUUUUACUCCCUUUUUUUUUAUAGGAAAAGUUAGUAGUAUUUUAGUAGCGAGUAGUAUAUAAUGUAGUUAGUAGUAUAUAAUGUAGUUAGUAGUAUGUGGUGAUUUUUUUGAGAAGCAGUUGGACCAAACUUAUUUGUUUACAAUAAUGUUCUUUCGUGCAAGUCAGAAUUUGCAGAGAUUUUAAGAUAUUUUUUGAAUUAAUUAUAAAACCUACAUAGAAAAGUUCCCAGAAUACAUUGGUUGACAAAUUGCUGUCAGGCACUCAACAGUGUAGAAGAUAGGGAAAAUGCUCAUUAAAAAAUGGUGUUUCCACUUGCAAUGGCAUGACAUGAUGAAAAGUAUGCCUAUUAAUUGCUCCUGUAGAUUAUUGAUAUUUAUUUUUGUUUGCAUUCCCAUUGAUGUUUAUGCUCCAUUUUAAAAUGCCUUGUUUUCAUCUUGAAUGUUUGUCUAUUAUAUUAUUCAUUUCUCAGUUGAUUUUUUUUUUUUUAAAUCCAAAGUAAUGUUUGGACCAUGUGUAUUUUAAUACAUUAUUGAUCAUCCUGUAGGUCAUUAGUUUUGUUACUCAUGUCAUAUUAAUGCAUUUACAGAAAUAGAUACUUGUAAAAUAAAAUUAAGGAAAAGAAGAAAUUAGAUACAUGUUUAUUUUAUUUGCAGGUUUUCCUGUAUAUAUGCAAAUCGGUUCAAUUUUAAAUUUCUGAAAAUCCUAAACUAUUUCAUGUUUUCAUAUUCUGUUUUUACUUAUUUCGAAAUUUAUCUACCUAUUUCUAUAAAAAUGAUAACAAAUUAAUAUUUUUAUAAUAAAUUAAAUUCCUGCAAAAUCAAGUGAAUGAAAGCAUACUAAAAUGUAGAGUUGAAUUGAUAUAUACACAUAAAUUUAUAUUGUAAUUUUUAGAUAAGAUGAACAUUUGUUAAAAACUGACAUCUUGUAAUCAGCUAACUUUAUGAAUUUAAUAAAACAUUUUAAGUUGUGAA